AUUUGAACGACUCGUUGUUUCGGAUCGCGAGCGCGGGUCCACCGAAAUAAAAAUAUUAACAAAAGUGCGGAACGCUCGCGAGUUUUGUUUUUGGCCAAAAGCGAUUGCUUUAACGCUAUUUGAUUAACUUGAAAAAUAAUCACAACACAAAAAAAUAGAUACCCCAAAUCUGUUGGGCCAGACAAGUGGAAAUCAAACGAGGUCCAAGAAGACAACAUCAGCCAACGGGAAGUAUUAAGAGGAGGCCAAACCCAAAAAGGCGAAGACCCAUGCAAAUUCUGGCGAAAUCACUUCUCUGGAGCUGGAGUUUCAGCUAGUACACAGAUACAACUGGCAGAUAGAUUGCUUUGGGGACUGCAACUGGUGCUGGGACAGUGGGACGAGACUGUUUGUUUAUUGCAACCAUCCAUUGAGGAGUUCCGCGAUCCACACAAUGCCCGGCCACUUGCACGCCAUAGAUCUUUAAGGCCAGCUCGUUGGUUGCUGGUGCUGCAAUAGCAAUAGCAAUCGCCAGAUAAAUUCUAAUAAAUAGCCAGACAACAGAGCACUUGGCAUAAAAAUAAAUAAGAAUCGAAGACCGAGGAACGCGGAACGAACAGCGCACGCAUUGCCACAAAUUCUGGAUACGGAGUAUCUCGAGUUUGGUUGAGGUGUCGAGUGCAUUGGCCAGACCGAUCGGGUCAUAAUCGAAUCCCCUCGAACCCCCGGAUUUCGCGGCCAAAAAGUGUUCCAAGGCAGGGGCAGAGGGAACCGGAGCGAGGUGUACACUUUUGGCACCAUGGAGGGCGGUUACGUCAGGGAAGAGGAUUCUGACGCCAUAAUGGGUGUGGAAAGUCCAGGAGGUCAGCUCAAGACCAAAAAUGGCCAAAAAUAUGUUUUCAACGGAGCUCCUUCGGGGGUAUAUGUUUCCAAGGCCUGCCUGAUCGUCGCUGCCUUCAUCACAGUUCUGGCCCUACUUUUCACCAUAGUGAUUACCUAUUUUGUGACGAGGCAGGGAUUUCCGCCCAAAGAGCCGACUCCCAGUUGCAUCACCGCCGUCGAUCACACAGAGGUAAAUGCGACUCCCAUCCAAACGGCGGGAUGGGUGAGCUUGAAUUCUCCGGCGCCCUUGGAUACGGCCACGCCCACUCCGACGCCUUCGCCCACGUCCACUUCAACAACAACCACAACGACUAACACAACCUUGGCCCCGCCCACCACAAGUGGUGUGCCCGAAAUAAAGCCGGUGGAUCCCAAAGUGGGUGACAUUCCGGUGGUGGAGCCACCUGUCGAGGUUGUUAAGGACAACGCCACCAAGCCCACAAAUCGUCCCAUCAAACUCUACGAAGGAUGGCGGCCACUUCACUAUAGCCUGCUGAUUGAGCCCAGUGUGGAGACAUCUAUCAGUAAUGGCAGCCUGACCAUCGAGAUAGAGAGGGAUGUGUCCAAGGUGACCAGCUGGGAGCCCAUUGUUCUGGAUGUGCAUAAUGUCAGUAUCUCCAAUGUCCGGGUGAUCCGUGCCCUGCCAACUAAAACGGGCAAUGAGGAGCAAGAGCUGGAGUUUGAUAGUGACUAUGGAGAGGAUAAUGCCACCUUUGUGGUCAGUUUGGAUAAGGCUUAUUCAGGGGAAACCCAGUUGAAACUGCAGCUCAGUCUGGAUUUCAUCAGCCAGGUGACGGACACUCUGCAGGGCGUCUACAAGACCAGCUACAUCAAUCCGGACACCACUAAAGAAGAAUGGAUGAUCAGCACCCAGUUCUCGCCCAUCGAUGCCCGUCGCGCCUUUCCCUGCUUCGAUCGUCCCGAUAUGAAGGCCAACUUUUCAGUCAGCAUUGUCCGGAGCCUCCAGUACAAGAUGGCCCUGUCCAACAUGCCUAAAUCCCACACUAGUCGCUAUCGCCGGGGUUAUGUGAGGGAUGACUUUUUGGUCACACCCAAGAUGCCCACAUAUUUGGUGGCUUUUAUUGUGUCCAAUAUGGUGGAUUCCCGAUUUGCCGCUCUGGACAGCGAAAUGACGCCCCGAGUGGAGAUCUGGACGAGACCCCAGUUUAUAGAUAUGACCAACUAUGCCUAUAAGAUGGUACGAAAGUUCCUGCCCUAUUACGAGGAUUUCUUCGGCGUGAAGAAUAAGCUGCCCAAGAUCGAUCUGGUGUCGGUGCCAGACUUUGGAUUCGCUGCCAUGGAGAACUGGGGACUGAUUACCUUCCGGGACUCAGCUCUUCUGGUGCCCGAGGACCAGGAGCUGGCCUCCUCCUCCGAGCACAUGCAAUAUGUGGCCCAGAUUAUUGCCCACGAACUGGCCCAUCAGUGGUUUGGCAACCUGGUGACCCCAAAGUGGUGGGAUGAUCUCUGGCUGAAGGAGGGAUUCGCCUGCUAUAUGAGCUAUAAGGCCUUGGAGCACUCCCACCCAGAGUUUCAGAUCAUGGACACUCUGACCACGCUGGAGUUCAAGGAGUCGAUGGAGCACGAUGCCGAUAACACCUCGCAUGCCAUAUCCUUCGAUGUGCGCUCCACCAACGAUGUGAGGCGCAUCUUCGAUCCAAUUAGCUACUCCAAGGGCACCAUCCUGCUGCGCAUGCUCAAUUCGAUUGUGGGCGACGUGGCCUUCCGCGCGGCCACUCGGGAUCUGCUCAAGAAGUUCGCCUACGGGAAUAUGGACCGCGAUGAGCUGUGGGCCAUACUCACCCACCAUGGUCAAGAGCAGGGCACUUUGCCCAAGGAUUUGACUGUAAAGCAGAUCAUGGACUCGUGGAUCACCCAGCCAGGUUAUCCGGUGGUCAAUGUGGAGCGACGUGGUGCUGAUCUCAUCCUGACCCAGCAGCGCUACCUGCUGCCCUCAAAGAAUCCAGCGGACCAGAGCAGCUGGUUCAUACCCAUCACCUUCGAAACCGAUGAGCUGCGCAAGGGUGACAAUAUACCAUCCCAUUGGAUGAGGAGCCAAGAUGAGGGAGAGCUCAUCGUGGGCAAUGUCUUCAAGCACAACAGCAACAGCGAUAACGUGAUCUAUCUGAAUCUCAACCGUCAGGGCUACUAUCGAGUCAACUACGAUAUGACCUCCUGGCUGGCGCUCAAGAAGAACUUUAGCACUCUGCCCAGGAUCACAAGAGCCCAGUUGCUGGAUGAUGCACUGCAUCUGUCGCAGGCGGAGUACCUCACCUAUGAUAUACCAUUAACCUUCCUUAUGGAGCUGUUCACUUCUGUGGAUGAUGAGUUGCUUUGGAGUGCCGCCAAACCUGGUCUCAACUAUCUCAUUUACAACCUCAAGAGGGAGCCUGCCUACGAGACCUUCAGGGCCUUCAUGAAGUUCAUUGUACGUCCCGCCUUCGAUCAUUAUGGUCUGAAUGAGCCGGACAAUGAGUCCCAUUUGCAACUGAAACACCGCGCUUUGGUGGCCUACUUUGCCUGCAAAUUUAACUACGAUCGCUGCACCCAAGUGGCCCAGAUGAAGUUCCGCGAGUGGAUGCGCGAUGCCAAAAAGAAUCCCAUAAAGCCAAAUCUCAAGUCUGUCAUUUACUGCACAUCUCUGACGGAGGGCUCUUCACCGGAAUGGUACUUCGCCUACAAGCAGUACAAGUCCACCACGAGUGCUUCGGAAAAGGAGGAGAUACUGACCUCGCUGGGCUGCACCACCAAACCCUGGCUGCUGUCCAAGUACCUCAACAUGACCAUCAAUCCCACAUCAGGCAUACUGAAACAAGAUGGAGCCUUGGCCUUCCGGGCAGUGGCCUCCAAUGCCAUUGGUCAUGAGAUAGCCUUUGACUUCCUGCAGAGCAACAUUAAGGAGAUUGCCGAAUACUAUGGCGAUGGCUUCUCCACUCUGUCCGAGAUGAUCAAGUCGCUGACCAUCUACAUGAACAAGGACUACCACAAGCACCAACUCCUGGACUUGGCCGCCACCUGCCGCAAAUUGGGACUGAAGGCCGUGGAAUCGGCCAUCGAUUUGGCCCUGGAGCAGGUCAACAAUAAUAUCUACUGGCGCAGCCACUCUUACCACAGCCUCAAGAACUUCCUCGAGGGCAUCGUCAGCGAGUUCCAGAUCAACAUCUUCUAGAUGAUCCACAUUGGGAAUGGGGGACAGAGAAUUCAAAUUGAUUUCAACCAAAAAACGCGAUUUAGUUACCCUUAUUUGUAUUCGUGCAAGGGCCUCAAAUUAUUUUUAAUGAAACGAAUUAUUUGCGAAAAGUGAUAUAAACGUGUAAGUUAGCCAGCAUAAUUUAGGUAACCGAUUACUUUUUGCAAUUGUAUAUUUAUUUAUUUGUAAGUCGCGCUUCUUCUGCUUCUUGGCUUGCUCUGCAACGUUCCUAUUAAAAAAUAGAAAGAGACCGGAAAAUACAUAGAUCGAAUAACUCUCAUUCAUCACUUUAGGCAUCAGUUUUAAAACCCAAUACAAUAUAUCUGCCACAAAAUAUCUAAUGCUGCUUGUGUAAAAUCUGUAUUACCCAUACGUAUGAUUGUCAGGUACUUUAUGUUCGCACCUUAGAUCCUAAGUGUAUCAAUCUAGCACUAAGAGAACCAAAAAUCUAUUUUGUAGUCGAUCCAAUCAAGAUGUUUAAUGGCCAUGGGAAGUAAACGGAAGGAGGUUAAGCUUCGGGCUUAGAAUAUUGAAACUGAGUGUCCUUAAUGCAUGGUUUAAAAUGUUUGCUUGAGCAAGGUGGUACACACACAUACACACAAAUAUAUUUAUUAAUAAACGAGUACCUAUUAUGUAUUUUGUAAAGCCCCACACGGAAUUUCUUGUAUCGCUGCUGCACAACCAUGUAAAUAAGUUUUAAAGCUUACACUUAACAUUUAAAUAAAAAUGUAUUUACGUAAUUUUAUUCAAAA